CAAAUAUUUAUUGAAACGGAGUUUUUUGACGCAUAAGCGUAAAGUAACAAAGCCUUGUGAAAAUUAAAUUUAGUUUUUCAGCAACCGAGUUAAUAGGAUGGCGUGGUAUAAUGUGUGGACCACCAUCAAAACUAAAACUUGUAGAUAUCUUUUACAACGUUAUCUGGGCCAGUUUUUAGAAGAAAAUCUCAACUUGGAGCAGCUUAAAGUGGACCUUUAUAAUGGUAAAGCUACAGUGGAAAACGUAUCAUUAAAUGUCGAUGCUUUAAAUAAGUUAUUUGAAAGCCAAGGUUGGUCUGUGGAAGUUAUCAGAGGCCACAUUGGCCUUCUUACUGUGACUGUGCCAUGGAAUGCUUUAAUGUCGAACAGUAGUUACAUUGAGAUUUCAGACGCUGAUAUAUCUGUAAGGCCUGUGCAAAGGCGAAAUAAUGGAACAUCUAUGUUGGAAUCAAUGUGGUCAUCAGCAAGCAAUUCUAUGCAGCUGGCGGAAGAGUGUAUGAUGCAGAAAGACGAAGAAAAUGAAGAUGCUUCAGAAAUAGACACCAAGUCCAUUCCUGGCCUUGAAAAGUUUGCUGAAACCAUUGACAACAUAUUGAAUCGCAUUAAAGCUUCGUUCACAAAUACUAUAUUCCGUUUGGAAUAUUUAUCGUCAGAUAACUCGAAAGCUAUAUCAUUAUGCUUUGAAAUAAAAAAACUAAUAUAUGAAAAUGAGACAGGUUGUGAAAGGUAUUCAAAAGAAUAUACGGAGGGCUGUCACGAUGACAAUCCAAACUUGCAUUCAACAACGCCAAAUAACCCUAAGGAGUCGGACGAAAAUAUAUAUUUCCUGCCAAUGUUUGCUAAACACAAUAUUAGUAUAAGCGGGUUGCGUGUAUGCACAGAAGAGAAAAAAGUCGAUGGAUAUUCGUGUUACAGCAACGAAGAAAUGUUUAAAUCUGCUGCUAUACCCAUUUUCGAAAUUAAGGAUCAUUUAAAUGUGCGGAUUAAAAUGAAACAAUCCGAAAAUAUCAACGGACCUAAAGUUGUCAUUAACACGGAAAUGGGUGCAGUUUUUAGUCUCAUCACUCCCAGGCAAAUACACCUUAUUUUAAAACUUAUAGACGCCUUUCAGGAUGACAGCUGUGAUGUCCAAGAAGAAGACAACAUUGGAGUAAAUUUUUCUAAUGAUAAUGACAUGUACCAAAAGAAGGAUGAGAAGGUAGAACUAGGAAAUUGGAUGGAUUGUGAAACAACUGCAUCCAACAGAGACAUAUUACAACAUAUACGCCUUGAUCGCUUGAGAGAUUUGCCAAGAGCGUAUUCCCCGCCCAGCAGUUCAAUUAGUUCCAGCACUACGAUAACUGGUUUGUCGAAGCUGCAACGUAAAACAUCAAGUUUGGAAUAUUCGGGAGAAAUUUUAAAUUUUUCACUCAAAGUAUGCUCAUUUGUUUCUAUAAUUUUAAUAGAAGAUAUUUUAGUUGAAAGUUCUACCAGCAAUCAGACUCCUCUAAACAUAACCAGCGAGCAAAACAUGAUUAGAUUUGCCAAUAAAUUUUUUGAAAAUUUGCAAAAAAUUGCUGAUAACAAAGUGGACUCAGCGAAGAUAACGGAGGGGAAAAAUCAUAUAUUUCUACGUGUGUCACCCAUAGUUUCCGAAGGAAGGCAGCAUAGAAUCAGACAAGCGCUAUUGUCCAAAUUUACUCUAAUUGCACAGAGAGUGGAUUUAUUUGAGGUUUUGAAUGAGAAACCCUCUGAAUUAAUCACUUUCGAUCGAACUGACAGUUUCAGUGGUGCUGAUAUAGCUGUAAACAUUAAAUCGGAUGCCAAUUCAAAAAUUGUCGACAUUACAUUGCAGAAGGGUGAAUUAGAAUUGGAUAUUUCCAUUUACGACCGGUUAAGUGCAAUUUUGGGGCCUUCUCCUUUUGCUGCAUUCUCUUCAUUUAGUACACCCUCCUGCUAUCUGAAGCAACAGGAAGCGCCAAAAUCUACAAUCACUAUAAAUUUGACUUCAGCGUCUUUGGUGGUGAAAUUACGUUUUCCAAUAUUUGACGCGCGACCGAUUCACGACCCAAAUCGUGUUCCUUGGUGGCAACAAAAUAUACGAACCGAUUAUUUAUUAAUUUCCCUUGAUUAUGUGCGUCUAUCUUUUGUUUCCGGUGUGGUUGAGCUACUUUCAAAUGAAGUAAAUGUAUAUUAUGUCGAGAAAAACGUAGAAAAUAAAAUAUGGAUAUUAAAAACUAGCUCCGGCAGAACUCAAUCAAAAGUUUUGGAUUAUGUUCGAAUUAGUGUCACAAUUCCAGAUAAAUAUUAUUGGAUCAAGUUAAAAAAUAGUUGCUUCGAUGAACAUUUGUACGGCAGGACGGGGCGUGGAGAUAGACUGCCAUUUAGUUCCAAACGUGUAUGUAGAGAAAGCGACACCUUACAUAAUAAACAAGACAAUACAGAGUCGGAGACUAUUUUGCUACCAGGCGAAACAGAAGAAUUAAGGGAAUUCUGCAACGCCACAAUGCGAACGUCAAAAAUUCAGGUUCAAGUAAAUAUACCCAACGCAGUAGUCGUGUUGAUAUCCAAGCAAAUGUACGAGGUUAUAUAUAAUCGGUUCAACUCUGAUCUUUUGAUGUGGGAACCCAGUUCACCUAUUUUCAAUUCAAGCAGUUUGAAUAACACCGAAAAUAAACAAAGCUUAUACAAUAUAUCGGCUUCAUCACCCAGAUUGAGAAAUUUCAAUGAAUGCGGUUUAUCUGAUUCCGAGGAAAGCGAUUCGAACGGAAGUCUCAACAUUAAUCUUAAAGAUAUGUCAAUGACUGAAAGCAUAUAUUUUUCCGUGCAUGAUUCUAACAGAUCACAAGACAUGCAGCAAGAGGAGCCUGAUAUUCAAAAGAGCAAUUUCUCUAUAGAAAUUUCAAUAGAAAAUGCUUCGAUUGUAUUAUUUGUGCCUAUACGUGACACAGAAACACAAAUUAAGCCUGAAGAUUUGGGUAAAAUUAAUAUUAAGCUGGAAGAGCUUAAAAUAUUUUCUGUUAGCGGUUAUAAUGAUAAUAAAAACCUUUGCUAUUUAUGCCUUGAAUUAAGAGAUCUCGAAAUGGAUCAUUGUGGACUAAUACCUCAAAUGUCCUCAACACUGUCUACAUCUGCCUCUAACGAAAAUGAUUGGUAUAUGCGAAAAACUUUAUAUAAAACUCCAGAAGGCCUGUCAAAGUCAAAUCAAUCCACAAUGAAGGAGAGGGAAAUGCUUUCUUUGGUGGUUGAAACAAAACGUGUAACGGACCAGAGAAUAAAACGGUUAAGGGUCACGACCGGCAUUCAACAAGCAACGCUGCGUUAUCACUCACUGAUACCCAACCAAUUUUGGCUACACCAGCUUAUUGACUUUUUUGAUGUUAUCGACUACCCAAUAGAGGGUUACACACCAUUCGGUAUAAUCACGGAAAUGCAAUUACAUCUGUGGAACUGUGCAAUCGACUAUAGGCCAACCAAUUUUGAUUAUAGAGCUAUUGUGGAAUUGGGUGCUUUCACAAUUAGCAGUAAUGUAAUAUCUGCAGUAGCUGGCUGUAAUCUCCGAUUUAUAAUUGAAGAAUUCAUAUUAUCUAUCGCACCUUAUAAAGAAGAAAAAAUACAGCAACCAAAAAAUGAAAAGUUAUUAAUUGAUUCAAAGUACUUGGUUCCCUUGCUUGACAUCGGAUUUUUCGAUAUUUCAUUACGGCUGAAUGAAAACUCUUCGGAGAAACAUCCCAAAUUCGACUUGAGAUGCUCGGUGCACGAUGCUCAUUUAAGGACUUGUUGCGAUUCCGGAAAAGCUUUAGCACAACUUAUCGAACAUUUAGCCAAUGAUGGGGAUUCCGUUGAAUCGGGUAAAAAUGCAACAAGCACCAUAUCCCAGGAGUCUGAAAUUGAGAAAAGUGAAUCAUUUUCGAUGGAUGACCAACGUGUAUCUCAACAACAAUGGCAACAGGAAAGAGUGAAUUUGAUGAUGGCGGAAGCUCUUCGUGAAACCGUUACAAUAAGUGAUUCGCCUUCAACUUCGAAAAGCGUACGUUUUUCAGUCCAUGACGUUGAACCCUACUAUUUCCCAGAUGAACAACAAUCUAACGCAUCAGACAUUGAAUACGGAGCAAGUAACGAGAUGUGCGAAAUUCUUAAUUUUGAGCACCACGUAAUGACGACAUCAUAUUCCCCGGCUGAACCUAAAAUAGAAGUACUGCCACAAGUUAAAUCAGAUUUGGGCGAUGUAAAUAUGGAACAAAUAUAUAAUAUACAGCGACGUAAAGCACACGAGGACGAAUAUUGUGUAAUUUCAGAAAACGAGCGACAGCGCCUAUCGAAAUGCGGCUUUAGGGAAAUGAAAAUGUGUGAUGAUCCGUUACGAAUCGUAGACAAUCAUUUUUGUCCACCUUCCGAUAAACAUGAUCUACUUAAAGCUCCGGAAGAUUUUCCUAUACCUGUUUCACGCUACACACUUUGCGAAAUGACAUUCACUUGGCAUAUGUAUGGUGGCAAGGAUUUUGCAUCCACUCAAGAGGAUGAUUGUUCAAAAAGUGAAGUAAGUCACUUGCGCAUGUCUGAUGCCUAUAAGUACGGCGUCUCAUAUUCAAAAGGAGAUAAAUUUGUUCGUGGGGGGAAAAAACCGAAAGAUAUCUCAUGGAAAUCAGUUGGCGGGAUUCAGCGCAACCAUGAAGUCAUUGUCGAGAUUCAACUUACAAAAGUUCGUCUUUCACACGAAAUCUACCCAAGCUAUACAGCCCAAGCUUCGCGACAAGUUUUAGUUAUAUAUGAUAUUGAAAUUAGGGACCGCUUGCAAUCGUCCGAAAUUAAUAAGUUCUUAUACCAUCCCCACACCAAGACUUCAUCACAUAAAACUCCACAACAAAUGGUCGUUGUAAAGGCUCUACAUGUUCGACCAAAUCCUAAGCUUAGUGCUGCUGAAGAAUGUUCACUUCGGAUAUCAUUACUGCCAAUGCGGCUUCAUAUCGAUCAAGACACUCUUAUUUUCCUGGCGGAUUUUUUCACCAAUAUGGGAAGUGAUAUGAAGGAAACACAAAAUACGGACAAUAAUUCGCCUUCGGAAAUUCAAGAGCCAAUAAUGGAUGUCGAGGUGCCUGAGAUGGAUGACGAGGUACAAGCUAGAAAACUAAUAUCGACAAAUCUUGAUUUACUUGAAAAUGAAGUAGCGGGUAAGUCAUUGGACCCAACAGAAGCCAAAGAUAAGUCUGCGCCAAUUUACUUCCGCGAAGUAGUAUUUGGUCCAGAUGUGCCAAUACGUUUUGACUAUCACGGUCGUCGAGUUGAGCUAUCACGCGGUCCAAUUACAGGGCUACUGAUGGGCUUAGGUCAAUUGCAAUGCUCCGAAAUUCGUUUAAAAAAAAUUAUUCACCGUCGCGGUUUUCUGGGCAUUGAAAAGUUAGUAACAUAUUUAUGUAAGGAGUGGUUGAAAGAUAUUAAAAGAAAUCAACUACCAAAAAUUUUAAAGGGUGUUGGGCCAACGUACACUUUUGUACAAUUUAUACAAGGUGUUAUUGAUUUAUUCCGUUUACCAAUUGAGCAAUAUCAAAGGGAUGGUCGAAUAAUAAGAGGACUUCAGCUUGGCGCACAAAGUUUCACCGCUAGAACUGCACUUGCUGCGCUAGAAAUAACAUCGCGUGUGAUCCAACUUUUACAAUUCACAGCUGAGACAGCUUUUGACAUGGUGUCUUCUGGACCCUCGAUUGGAAGAGUCCGUACGCAUCGUAGGGAUAAAAAGAAACGAGCACAAAGACCAAAAGAUAUGAGGGAAGGUGUGACAAAUGCGUACCUGAUAGUAAAGGAGGGGAUAAAUGAUUCUGCGGCAACUCUCAUAGAAACCGCUGUGGCAGAGCAUGAUCAGAAAGGUUAUACCGGAGCCGUAGGUGCUGUAAUGAGGCAAAUACCACAACUGGUUGUUCGCCCUGCAGUUUUGGCCACUCAGGCUACAACCAACAUCUUGGGCGGAGUUAAGAGCUCUCUUGUACCUGAAGCUAAGGUUGAAGCGCGUGAAAAGUGGAAAACUGACAAUGAUUAAAUUAUCUCUUUUAAAUAUAAUAUAACUUGUAAAUUAUUAGAUAAAUAUGCAUUCUAAUAAUAAAUUUUAUACGUUUAAAUGAAAA